ACUUCGUUAAUCACGUUUAAGCAACUUCAAGCUAAAGUUUCGUUUGUGUAUCGAGGGAAUUGGAGUAUAAGCAAAAGUGAGAUUCAAGCUUUGAAGCUCGGAAAGUUGGAGUGAGAGUGAUCAGAGCGGACGGUGAGAAAAUGCCUUGGACUAGACUUUCAGGGUCAAUAUCAUCACCGAAGGUGGACGUAGCAAUCGACAUGGGCAAUCCAUUAUUGAAUCUCACCCUCGAUGGUUUCUUGAAGAUCGGAGCUGUCGCUGCGACCAGGUCUGCUGCUGAGGAUACCUAUCAUAUUCUCAAAAGGGGAAAUGUUUCACGUCACAAUUUUGAGGAUAUGCUGAAGAAGAUGUGUAAAGAAGGUGCAUAUUGGGGAACGAUAGCUGGUUUAUAUGUUGGAACCGAGUAUGGGGUAGAGAGGAUCCGUGGUACCAGGGACUGGAAGAACGCGAUGAUUGGGGGUGCAGUGACAGGGGCAGUCGUGUCAGCAGUGGGCAACAAUAAGAAAGACAGGAUUGUGAUAGAUGCCAUUACAGGAGCUGCCAUUGCUACAGCUGCAGAAUUCAUAAAUUACCUCACCUGAUUGAUUUUUGUUUAUAUUCUACCUGCUUCCACUUAAGCCAAAUACUAAGGCUUCAAAAUAAUCAUCAUUUAUGCUUC